UACGCGAUAUUACAACAUCAUGGGUAAUAUUUUACGUACACUUUAUACCGUAUACGAUGAACCAUGCCACCACGGGUUAUCGUCUUUUCCCCGUGUAGAACUCAGCAAAUACCGCGGAAUUCUGUAAAAUAAUCGACGAAUGACUCACCGGACGACGGCACAUGCUAUUACGUAACACCGUCGCGCGCGAUUUUACCGAUAGUCACGACUCACGAGUCCAACUCGAUUCCGAUUUGUAGUUACAGUCGCGGUCGCACUCGUACAACGUCUCGUCAACAGAUUGCUCGGCCGGCGGUAUACCGUUUUCGUUUUCAUUUUCCAUACGAACGUUUCGUCAAUUACUCCGAUCAAAAAAUGACCCACACCCUGUCGGAUAACAUCAAGUGUCUGGACGGAGUGGACUACGACGUGGUCAAAGUAAGUACGCUUUGUGACAAACCCCACGGGCGGCAGCGUUUAUCGGUUUUCCAGUUAUUGAUUGUGUACGUGUAACUGUAAACAUGUUACUGUUAUUCCUUUAAUAUGUAUAGUGCCGGUUAGGCGUUACGGUUUGGUCUGGUUUGGUUUCUGAAAUACUGUAGCUCGAACAUUUUUGUACUUUGUUGGUGGAUGGUUAAAAAAUAACAAAUAGUUCAGUAAGUUUUUCCUUCAAAAUGUGUACUUGGACCCAUUUACAGUAAUUGUGUAAACAAAAAUUGCGUAGCGUUUAACCUUUCCGAGUUCUGACAGAAAACCAACAUUUUGUAAAAAAAAGUUUACCUUGAUUACCUACUCAGUAUAAAAUCCUCUUCGAAUUCUUUAUUUUAGGCAUUUUUUUCUUCGUAGAAUUUUUCGUAACUACUACCUACCGCGUUCUCAUUCAUAGUUAACUGAACCUGGUUUUAUUGUAUCUUUAUAUAUCCUAAAUUUUUUCUUAUGAACUAGGUACUCAACACGUGGUAUAACAUAACAAAUCGAGGGAUAUUAAAAAAUUGGACUUCAUCAAGGGUACCCGACAUUUCCCUCUUCUCCCAAUAAAAUACCUAAUACAUUUUUUAACUAAAAUUCACCAUGAAUUAUUGCGUAACAUAAAUAUUUACUAUAAAUGCUUUAAUAUUUUGAAUUAAGUUUGUUAAAAAAAUCAAUUAAUAUAGUAAACUUUCAAAUAUAUUGAAAAUUGAUACGAGAUAAUAAAAAAAAUCAACAAAUUAUUACUAUUUAAAAACUGUUGACCAGACAAUAAAAUGUCUUAGGCUAUCUGCGAAAUUCCCAUUUUUAGACCUUCCACAGUUCCACUCCGUUCCUGGUAGUAUUAUAUUUUGGAUUAUUUCUUAUUCAAAAUUAAUUCACCAUUGUUUUUAUUAUUGUCUUUCAAACAAAAAAAAUAGUUUACAAUUUUUAGUUUUAAAAAAUAAUACAUGGUUUUCCACGUUGUAUUGAAUAUAAUCAUUGGAAAUCUAAUUUAAAUUUUUUAAUAAUAAUUAUAAUUUAUUUAAUUUAAACCUACCAUUUUAUUGAUCUAUACAUAAUAAAUAAUAAUAAUAAUAAUAUAUUCUGUAGCUUUCAUCAAUAUUCGACAUUCGUGGUUUGCAAACGCACAUAAUAUAUUCUGAAAAUACAAUUUACGAAUUUACCAGUAAUAUUGUGAAAUACCUACAUAAAUAAAAACAAUUCUAAUGUCGUUUUUCUCCGAUUUUCCAGAGUUUAAAUACACAGGGCUGCUCUUAUUAGGGGACACUGGAACAGGCAGGGCCUGGGUCUCGCUUUUUUACGUUCGAGAAAAAAAAAUUAACAAAUUAUAAUCUAAUAAAAAAUGGGAAUUAAUUAAAAUUUCGUUUUGGGCCUCGCAAAAUUUAAGGACGGUUCAGUUUCAAUAUUGUAAAUCGCAUUGAAAUAAAAACAUUCCGGUAGUACGCACGAUUAGAAUUGACGUUGAAAACCGUUUUAACAUUCUCGAAAUCUUCCGGUUGACCUAUGUGUAACCAAACCGUAUCUAGUUAUUGUUUUUAUUACACCAUAGUACAUAAUAUUGCGCAAUACUAUAGGCAUGGACAUCCGGAGGGGGACAAGACGGGUCAUCUGCUCCGCCCUGAAUUUUAAAAUUUCAAACAUAAUUUUAUAGUUUUUAAUAAUUAAUUAAUGUAAAUUUAUUUCAACUUAAAAAUUUUAAUUACUUUUUGGUGUUUGGUUUUAUUAUGCCAUCCUGAUAAAUUUACUGUGGGCGCCCAUGACUAUAUGGGUUAGGUAUAUAUAUGCGAAAGAGAGGAAAGGAAGACCAAAAAAGUGGUGGUUGGUUGCGAUUGUGAAUGAUAUGAGGAUGGCGAGUAUAUGCGAGGACAAUGUGGUGAUUUGGGUCAAGUGGAAGUUUAGGACGAAGGUGGUCGACCCCAUGGCUAAAUAUUUGUUUAAAUAUUAUUGGCCAAAUUUAGCUAUGGCCGACCCAAAAUAGAUAGGAUGAAGGCAAAGGAGAAACAGAUAGGUAUGUAUAAUACCUACACAGGGUGAUUCACUAAGCGUGCUCACCACAAUUUUUUGUUAAAUUUUGCAUAAAUUCAAAUUCUGAUUUUUAAAUGUAGUUAAGGCUGAUAUUUUCGAAUAUUUAGAUUUUUAACAAUUUUUAAUGAAUAGGUAUCCUGUAUUGAAACCAACUUUGGUUUUUCAAAUGAGAACUUAUAUUCAAAUACUGGGGACAGGUGCAGCCACUCAUGUAGGUGAGAAGUUAAGGAGGUAGGAUACAUAUGGUUAUUUCAUUUAUAACAGUAACCAUUGCUGACGAAAGACGAUUCUGAGCGUAGCUCAGUAAUACAUAAUUUGAAGUGCCCUAAUUUUUUUUAAAAUAACCUUCCUACUUUUUUUCCCGAUUAUUAUGAAAACUAAUUCGAAAAUCAAAAAAACGAAGUGCAUCAAUAAAAACAAGAUUAAUAAUUCAACGAAAGAGGUUUCUUGUCGUUUUUCAAUUAGCGCCCUAUAUUAGUGCUAAACAAAAUAUAAAAUAUUACUGAAAACAAUGAAAAUUGAAAUUUGAAAAAUUAAAUAAUAUUUAAAAACUUUUUUCUUGGUAUAAAUCUAGUUUACAACUCAAGUUCAUUUUUCAAUUUUUUUUUUUUUUUCUAAUGUGUGAUUCAUAAUGUACAAGUAGAAUCACACAUUAGAAAAAAAAAAAAUUGAAAAAUGAACUUGAGUUGUAAACUAGAUUUAUACCAAGAAAAAAGUUUUUAAAUAUUAUUUAAUUUUAGUUAAAUUUAAUUAUAGUUAUUGUACAUAAACCUUGAAACAACAUUUUAGGAAUUGAUUCAAAAUGUGGACGUUUUUAUUAUUAUGAUUUGUAGUUAUUGAUACUUGGUAACAAAGUUUUUUUUAUUUAAGUCGGAAUAAGUCUAUCAGACUUAGAUUUAAAAUUACAAAAGUAACUCUAUAGGUCUAUAUGUGCACUCAAAAUGAUUUUUCACUUUUCCCUAAUACCUACCCGACGUAGUUUUGCACAACAAAUCGAGGGUUAUUUAUUUUCAAUUAAAAAAGUCCAAGCGAGUGACACCGCCAGGUCUCUAGGUGCAUCCAAAAUGCUAUUUUUCAAGGAUUAUGUACAAUAACUUCAAAAGUAAGUAUGAUAGAUAAGUUUUGAUUAUACCAAUGGAUUAAGCAUUAAAAAUUACACAUUUUUUUUUGGGGGGGGGGGGUUUCCCCCGUAACUUCCAAACGAAGUACAUAAGACCAUUUUUUUUUUUUAGAUUCUUAUUUUAACGGCAAAGGCACACAUUUAGAAAAAAAAAAAAAAAUGAAAAAUGAGUGAGUCAGAAACUAGAUUUCUUCUAGAACCGUAUAUAAUUAUUACAUUUUUUAAAUUUAAAUUUAUUCGCCAAAUUUAAAAUUUAAAAAACUAAAACAAUAGUGCUUAUAUAGGCACACAAGAAGGUACUGGUAGCUUUUAAUAUAUAUUUUUUUUUCAAAAUCAAAUUUUUCAAUUCUAGUUAUUAGAAUCUUUUACUUGGUUAUUUAGGUAUCUAUUAUAAAUUUAUACUUUUAAGACUUAAAUAACUAAAUUACCUUAAAAAAAAAUGGUGACACACAAAUAAUAUGUCAAAUAGUUGGUUAAUUUUUGUUUUUCAUAAGUAUAGCGCCAUUUCAUUAUUUUACACUAAAUAUAAUCCAAACUGUUUGUUUAUAGUUUUUAUUUUUUAUGUAGAACAAUGUUCAUUUCGAAUGGGUAUCCGGAUUUGAAGAUACUAUAAAACAAUUAGCCUCAGAUGUGUUUGAUACUAUAGGAGUGAAAGUCGGAGAUCAAUUGAAUGUGGUUCUCAAGGGUUUUGACGAGUUCCAAGUAAACUUGGAAAAGAAAAUGGAUGUAUUAGUUGAAAAGGUUAUAAUAAUUUUUAUUUUAUAAAUAUGAUAAUUGUAUAAUCUAUAUUGUAUAUUCAUAUUUUCUACAGGUUAACAUAAUAGCCGGUUCUAAUGAGGCUGCUAAAACAUUUGUAGCCGAAUGGGCUGAGGCUGUCAAAUACCAAGUACAAAGUAAAUAUCAUUACGCAGGUGAUGGUCCAACUGCCCAAGGACUUCGCUGGGGUUACCAAAGCUCUAUUAAGUAUAUAAUAAUAUGUGGUACAACUCUAGCGGACAAGGGCGGUGAUGAUGUCGAGUUCAAAAAACAAAUAUCAGAUUACAUAAAAACUGUUAUCAUCCAAAGUCUGAUCGAUUCUUUGGAAAAUGUGAAGGUGAUUAACAUACUUAUUUUGAAUAGACAAUUUAAAUAUUCAUCUUAAAGUUUGUAUAUUUAUACCUAAUCAUUGAUAAUAAAGUUACAUAAUCCUCAUUAAAAAUAAUUUGUUUAUCUAAUAUGGUAGGUACCAAUAUGCAUAAAAUAAUAAAUAUAUUGAACUGUGUUUUUUUUUUCUGAAAUAACAUUAAUAAUAUCAUUAAUAUCAACCAUUAUUAUACAUAGGUAUAGAUAAUUAUAACAAACCAUAAUAUUAUGUACUGAAUAAUACCAACUUUAAUUUAAUUAUUAAAGUUAAUAGGUAUAAUAAUAUUGUGAGCUCCUAAAUAAUUUACCUAUAUUAUAAUAUUUCAGAAUGAAUUGGAAACGCUCAAAACUAGCUCGUAACCAUGACGAUGACAUUGUGUAUACCAUUGGAAGAAUCUAAUUUUUUAUGAAAACACCAUUAUUAUUAAUUUACUUAUCCUAUAUUUUUUAUAAUACUAUGCAAUUUUCACAAUAAUAUAAGUUUACCUAUUGUACAUAAAGGUCUUUUUUUUUUUUGUUCAUUGUAGGUAACUAAUCAAUAAUUGAUUUUAUAACUUCUAGUGAAAAUGAUAUAUUUCUGUAAUAUUACUCUCUAUUUCAGAAUAAACAAUAAAUACUACAUUUAUGUUUGGAUAUUUUGUUUAUUUCUUGUAAUUGGGAAAUAGUUGUUUUCACAGUAUUAAAACAAAAUAACAAAAAACAGAAAUGGAAAGAAAUUGUGAUUGAUAAUAAAAAUAAUAAAAUCCAAUAUUUUUAGUUAUAUUAUUGUAAAAUAUUAAAUAGUAAACUUAUUAGAACAAAAGGUAAGUUUGGAAAAAUGUUGGAUACUACAUAUAGGUACUAUAAAUGUUAGUGGCAGCUUAAGGGUGAGGAAAUUUUGUUAGCUGUUUUCUUAAAGCUAUGGAUUUGGCAACCUACAUUUAGAACUUACUUUUAUAAAUUAAAAGGUAAUUAAAAAUAAUUUUUCAAAAGUAAUUAAAAAUAUUUAAACAGUAAUUAAAUUUUUAUUUUUGAGCUUUAAAAUGAAUUAAUUUUGUGUGUGUACAACAUUACUUAAUAUAAUUUUAUAAUUUAUAUAUUUAGAUUCAUUAUUUUGUAUAAAUUAUAUUUAUUGUAUAUAGACCUUAACUGUAGCUGUUAUUUUGAUGUUUAUCACAUAAUUUCAUAGCUAUAUCUCAAUUUUUAACCUGUGUUCGAAGCAAUGUUGAACAGUUUUGUUUUUAUUGUCUGUGCAUGUGCAGCGAUCAAAUAUUAUUUAUGCAUUAUUUGUUUUAAAAUACCUUAAUUGUCAAUAUUUUAGCAUUAGCAUUAGCUCUGGCGUAAAUAGUUAAGGCAUAAUUUAACAACAGUUAAUAAACACUAGGACUAACAAAACUAAUGAACUACUAAAACUGAGGUUAUUAAAAAUAAAAAAUUACAGUUAAAUAAAUAGGUAUACAUAAAACAAAAAAAAUAAAUAAAUAAAUUUGGUAACAAAAUUGGUAAUCUAUGGUUCUUCUCUUUCUCUUUCCACUUAGGCUUGAACUAGGUCACAGGCGUACAUCUAAAUUUUCCAUCCACUUGAUGACAUUAUCGCUGGCUGAGUGAAUUUCCUUAAAACCUCCCAUAUAUUUCGUUAUUGAGCAUUCAUUUACUAUGUGCCUGACAGAUUGCACUUGCCCACAGCCACAUAAAAGAGAUUCUGCCAUUCCCCAUUUGUGUAAUAGAUAAUUGCAUUUUCCUUGUUCGGUUCUAAUGCGGUUAAAGGUGGUCCACAAGCCACGCGUUAAGUCAAAACUGGGUGUUUUGCCUUUUAACUUUAUUGAUGGUACUUUGGAAGCUCUUUGUUUCCUAACUUUUGGUUAUGCAUUGGCACUGGCUUGAGUGAGAGAAGUCAAUCCCUCCCAUAGUUUUAAUCCACGUCUAUCUUCGUUCCUCAUCAAGUAGUUUUGUUAACCGGUUUGCUGUUACUUCAGAUUUCAUUUGUUCAUAUUCAGACAACAGAUUGUUGCAUUCCUUUGAUCAACAAAGUAUGGAAUCUUGUCUGUGACCCCUGGGCAUAGCUUUACCAGCUGCCGUUUUAAUUAGCUUUAUGAUCCUCUCGUAGUUACCAGGUAUCGGCUCAUAUGAUUUUUAUUUUCUUCCAUGGAGGUUGUAUAUUUGACCCAAUCUGCUUUCUUAACAUUCCAUAUAUUUAAUUUUGGUUUACUCAUUUUGGGCAAGCUUAGACCCAAAUCCACCAUAACAGGUAAGUAUUGACUCUUCUUUGAGAAUCCUUUAAGUAUUUGACAACUAGCUUUUAGGGGGAUUUUACAAUGAUCUGUUGUGACAAAACAUAAUUCAGGAGAAAUAGUUGAGCUCCAUCUGCCUGAUUUAAACGUGCCAUCUUAUUUUGCAUCAUAUGAUUGAUGAAGAUAGUUUAGUUCAGCCCAGUUACUGAAGUUUUCUCUGUUACCGUUCUCACUGCUGUGGCCUCAUUUUGUGCUGUGUGAAUUAAAGUCCCCAAUAUAGACUUCUACUGGGUGGUCGGCUUGUGUUGGCACAGACUUAGUCAAGUCUUCCGACUACAGUUAGUAUACAUUCAAAAUUUUGGUAUUUCCUAUCUAAAUUUCAACCAUAUGUUUAUUCCUCUCUAUUCUCUUAAUAUUUGUUGGGUCUAAGUAUUGGUUCACGAAAGUAACCACACCAUUUGGUGGGCCGGAAUCGGCAUAUGGGAAGGAUACCCCUGGUCUAAUACAUUAACACAAAUUUAAAUUUGAAGCCGUGGAUGAAACUAAAUAAAUUUCAUCAAGAUAAAAAUAGAAUUUUAGGUUUUAGUGACUUAAAAAAUUUAAAACUUGUGCACUUUAUAGAAAAAUUUUUUUUUUUGUUUUGGUGUUAUUUAACCUAUUUAAUAAUGCAUUAUGAUUUAUCUUUCGAAAGUCAUCAACAUUUAUUUAUUUAUUAUAAAAAAAUCAAUAACUAACAUAUUAUUACACAAACAUUUUACCAAUAGCACUAAAUAGUUAUUAACAAAUUUAUUUAUUUAAAACAAACAAAUAAGAUAGGUCUAAUAAAUUUGUUUUCGAAGGAUUAAACCAUUAUUAUUUAAGAACUAUUUAGGAUAUAUAUAUAUUUUUUUAUUUAAUUUAUAACCAAAAUUCUAUUAAAAAACAAAUUUUAAUUCAAAAUUUAUAAUACAGAACUUUAUAAUACAAGAUCCCAAUAAAAUGUUGCCUAGGAGGUGGGUACCCAGAAAUUAAUGUUUAAAUAAUGAUCAUCACACUGCACUAGUAUCAAGUUUUUUUUUUUACUAUAAACCAAUUUCUAUAGAUUAAGUACAAAUAAAAUUAAUGUUAACUGUAUUGAAAUGAAACAAUAAAUGAGCAGCUCAUUUAUUUUCUAAUAAAGUUGUUUAAAUAAAUAUGAAGAAUACAUAAUGCAUAUAUGUAUUAAAUUACUUUUCUAUCAUAAUAUAAAAUAAAUACAAUCUAGUAAAUUUAAAUUUUCAAUAGUAUAUUAUUAUAUUUUAAUAUAGCUAAUAAUUUUUAAAGGAAUCAUAUUUUGAAUGUUUUCUAUAAAACCAUUAACUAAUAAUUUAUAGUAAUUACAUAAAGUAUACAUUAUUUUUUUCAAUAAUUUGUUCAUAGAAUGUAUACAUUUCUUUUUCUAAUAAAGUACAAAAAUUGCAUGUGUAAUCUAGACUAAAUCAAAUUUCACUUAAAAUUGAUACCAUAGAUAAGUAAGUAUCCUUACUACAAAUAAACAAAAAUUAUGUAUAGAAAAUUUAAAAAUAAGUAUAAUUAAUAUUUAAUAACCACAUAUCAUAUCAGUUGGUAAUGAAUGUUGAAAUAAAAUACAAAAUAGUAAUACUUUGCGAGAGAAUUGCACUUUUUGCGUACAAUCAAAUUAAUUAAUUUCUUCCACCAUGGGGUAGCCGAAUAGGUGUCUAGCCAAUAAUCUAUUGGGGAUAGGCAAGAAUUUGAUGAGCUUUAAGUACCACCCAAGUACAUUCUCUUAACUUAUAGUAUGAUAUUUUGGUAACAUAAUAUAUGUAAAUCUAAAUUAGGUGUUUUCAUACAAUUAGAAAAAAUAUUGAACAAAAUAUAAAUUGCAGAUAGAUAUUAGUUAUAAAUAAUAUAAUGUACCUAAUAAUAUAUUAUUAUACCAGUUACAACUCACUAUUUUACUAUAAUGUUUAAAUAAGAGAUAUUAGGAUAAAAAAUAUUUUAAGUGCAGCUUGAAUUGAUUCGAAGAAUAAAAUUUGAAUACAUAUUAAAUGUUAAAAAUUUUAAAUGUAUUUUUUUUUUUUUUUUUGUAGUCCAAUAUUAUGUUUAACAAUCCAAAAAGUUAGCUGCCAUAAGUAAUUCCAAAGCGAUUUGUGGUGGAAUAGGAAAUUCUGGUAUUUCAGUGGAACUGUUUGUAUACCGAGCUUUGUAAGUAAAAUACAUACAGACUUUUUGCAAAACGUGUGAGCUACAAAAACCAAAUUAUUAUUAGGACAUAUAUUAUCAAACUUUAUGUGAUAACUACUUACGGUAUUUCCCUGAAGUUUAUUUCGUUGGUUUCAUUUUCUGCAAACUGUCCUGGACCACUUAACAUGGCUUUAAUAGUGCCAGACAUUAAUGCAUGUUCUCUUUUCACAAUAAAUUCAUGACCAUCACUGGAUAUUAGUUUUACAUACAUGGCAUCAGGACCUUCACAACCACCAUAUGGCACAUUCUCCUCUUCCUAGAGAAAAAUACACACAAAUGAAACAGUA